AUGAAACUACUCAAUCUCCUCCCCACAGCACUACUAGCUACAACUGUAUACGCCACCGACUCCUCUUCCUCAUCGUCUGCCGCCGCCGACUCCUCUCCAGUACCAGAGCCCCCAACAGCCGGCGAAAUCUGGGCGGCAAAAUGGGACACAGCAAGCCUCCACCCAUACACCCAACACUGCAAAAAUCGCAACACCUACCACGCUAAGAUCUACAAGCUCAACGAGCUAUACCCCGAUCUCAAAGACGUGGCUCCCCAGCUCAAAGUCUUCUACAACAAGCAGCUAUACGCCGGUUCCUGGGGCGGUAUCGACGUGCACGGCACCGGGCGCGAACUCAUCCAGAUGGAUAUGUUGGACGUGCCGUACAAGGUGCGCGAGUGGUUGAAGCGGGAGAAGACGCAGAAGCACUUUAGUGUGCAGGAUGAUGUGGUGUUUUUUGCGCCCGGGGCGAUAUAUCCCAUUUUGCCGCUGUGGGUGGAUGAUGCUGAUGAGGGGCUGGAGUGUGAGGGUGUAUUUGAUGAUCUUGAGAACUAUGCAAACGAGCCUAAGGACGGUGGUGUGAUUGGCAAGGUGGCGCAUACGAAUACUGGGGACAAGGAGGUCAAGUUCACGGUCGAGGCGCUGCAGGUCAAGACGAAGACGGCGGCGAAGGAUGAGCUGUGA